UAUGUAGACUAUCUGUCAUAUUGUUGUGGAGAAAUUUUAGAUUAAUCAAUUGUAAUUUUGACGUUUAGGCACGUAUGUGUAUAAAUCAUCGAAGACCAAUGAUUAAAUAAAUCAUGAAUUAAUUCAAGUUAAUUAAAUUAUAGUGAUGGCCUCUAGAAGAUGGUUUCAUCCUUGUAUAACUGGAAAGAAAGCUGAAUCACUACUUCUGACAUCAGGUGUUGAAGGAUCAUUUCUGGCCAGACAUUCUCGCAGCAGCCCUGGAGAUUUCACUUUAUCUGUUCGUCGAGGAAAUGAAGUUACCCAUAUUAAAAUACAAAACAAUGGUGAUUUUUUUGAUCUCUACGGAGGUGAAAAGUUUGCUACGCUGGCCGAACUAGUUCAAUAUUAUUCAGAAAAUGGUGGUCAAUUGAAGGAAAAGAAUGGUGAUUGUAUAGAGUUGAGAACUCCUUUAAUUUGUGCUGAUCCUACUACUGAAAGAUGGUUUCAUGGAAACUUAUCUGGAAAAGAAGCAGAGAAAUUGAUAUUAGAAAGGGGCAAAAAUGGUUCAUUUUUAGUUAGAGAAUCACAGAGUAAACCAGGUGAUUAUGUUCUCUCUGUUAGAACUGAUGAUCGAGUUACACAAGUCAUGAUUCGGUGGCAGAAAGACUUUUAUGAUGUUGGAGGAGGUGAACAAUUUGCAACAUUGUCUGAGUUAAUAGAACAUUACAAAAGAAAUCCCAUGGUUGAAACUACUGGUCAUGUUGUACAUCUUAAGCAGCCUUUUAAUGCAACAAGAAUUCAUGCCUCUGGUAUACAUUUUCGAGUUCAACAAUUACAGAAAGAAAAUGGUGCUAGUGGGACUGGUAAAGCGGGUUUUUGGGAAGAAUUUGAGUCAUUGCAGCAACAAGAAUGUCGACAUUUAUUUUCAAGAAAAGAAGGACAAAAGGCUGCAAAUCGGGCGAAAAACCGUUACAAAAAUAUUUUACCAUUUGAUCAUACUCGAGUUGUUCUGAGAAAUGGAGAUGCUCAAGUACCAGGAUCAGAUUAUAUUAACGCCAACUACAUUCGACAAAAUGCUGAUGAAAAUGGGGAAUGCACUGGUAAGAUAUUUUUAACGACAAAUGGAAAAGUAUACAUUGCAACACAAGGUUGCUUACCCUGCACAGUUGCUGACUUUUGGGCUAUGAUCUGGCAAGAGAAAGUAAGAGUUAUUGUAAUGACGACAAAGGAGUUAGAAAGGGGAAAAAUUAAGUGUGCCAGAUACUGGCCGGAUGAGAACCAAACAAAACAUUGGGGUAAAGCAAAUGUAACAACUGUGAAAGAAAUGCACACUGCUGAUUACACUUUGCGAGAGUUCCAUUUGAAAUGGGAAGGACCACUGGAACAGAAUGAUAUUUCAAGAGACAGAAGUGUUUGGCAUUUUCAUUUCCAGGCAUGGCCAGAUCAUGGUGUACCUAGUGAUCCAGGAUGUGUACUUAGCUUUUUGCAUGAUGUUAAUGCUCGUCAAGAACAGAUUGCACAGAUUGAAGGUAGUGCUGCUGGUCCUAUUUGUGUUCAUUGUUCUGCUGGAAUUGGUCGCACUGGAACAUUUAUAGUGGUCGAUAUGAUAUUGGAUCAAAUCAAGAAACAAGGUUUAGAAUGUGAAAUUGAUAUUCAACGUACUGUUCAGAUGGUUAGAUGUCAACGUUCUGGCAUGGUCCAGACUGAAGCCCAAUAUAAAUUUGUUUAUUUUGCAGUUCAACAUUAUAUGGAAACCUUACAUCAAAGAAUACAUGCAGAUCAGAAAUCAACUCGCGAAUAUACAAAUAUCCGUUAUACUAGCGAUGUCAAUCACUCAUCAAUGCCUGUAGAAUUAUUGGGCAUGCCCAAGAAUCAAGCCCUUAAAGAUAAUCUUCCAAGACCACCAGACGAUCUUGAUUCUGCUUUCAACAUAAAUGAAAAGGAAGAAAGUAAUGAAAAAUCGUUCUUAGUGAACCAAACAGUUGGUCGAGCACAGCAAAAAAACAGUAAAGUUGUGAUGAUGCCACUGUGUUCGACUGCCGUGAAUGAGAGUCCUCCACCACCACCACCAAGGAAAGCCGCGCUGUGAUAAUAAUCAAUGAAUCCUGGAGUUUUUAUUAAUUUGUGCGUGUUUUCCGAGCAAUAAACCCAAAGAAAACAUAGUUUUUGGAAGUUAUUCGUGACCUUUUGGAAUCAGUUAUGUUCCAUCAAUUAAGCUCCAAUACUAUCUUCAAAACCCUUUUAUUUUCUAUUUGG